AAUGCCUGUAGAAAGGAUUUGCGAGAAACGCGUAAUUUGCGUAGGAUUGCUCGAUACUAGUAGCACUUUCAAUUCUAUGCAACCGGCAGCUACCAACGCCUAGUAGGAUGUUCACUAGGUACUCCCAUGUCGCAGCAAUCAGUAUCUCGGGCAUUGAGGGAUGUGACAGCAGCAUUGAAUCACUCGACAAUCCUGCAUUAAUACAUAAAAUUUUCUUAAACUGUUCAAGAACGCAAUGUUAUUAAAAGAAGGCAUCCUCUUCGCCUGAAAUGGCGACCCUUCGGUCAUUACUCACUUGGGAGGCAGACGACCCUGACGACAACGUGAUUCUGCACCGGAUAAUUCGGCUUGUUAAAAACCAACUGCCAAGUGGAUGGUUGGAGUGGAAGAUUAGAAUCUUGACCAAAGAGGACCUAUUAGGGGGCGAAUUGGACCCCCAGGUUUUGAAUAAAAUCAGGUUUGCAAUCCCCACUGUCGGGCUAGCCAGAGCCUUCUUACCUGACCGCACUUCCUUAUCAGAAAGAUCCUUUAGAGAUAUUAAGGUGAAACUUUUGGAGUGGCCUUUAUGCGUUGGAUUAAUCAUUCACCCGAUGUGUCUCGCUGCACGAAUAAGAGGCUCAGCUGUCCAGAAUGAGCUUAUGACAGCUGCAAUCACAAAUAUGAAGCCCCUUCUAAUAAGCAGAGAGGCGGCUAAUAGAGAACUCUCCGAUCAGUCUGAAGACGAGGUUUCUUUGCCUUCUGCCAGAUCUUCAGCGAAGAGCAGGAAGAUAAGUCGCCUAGAAAAGGUUGAGAAGGACCAACAAGAGAUGAAAGUCAUGAUGGAACAGUUCGUUCAAAGUUUCCAGCCUACUCAUACGGAAUCAUAUUCAGAUGACGAUAGCGUAUCUCAAUAUCUAUCAGAAGAGGAAGUAGAUAUUUCUCAACAGGCUGCUCCUUCCCCAAAACCAUGGGUCCCUCCUACAGCCGACGAAGAGGAAGAGUUUGGUUGGUCAGCAACCACUAAGCAACAGGAUCCGUCUAUCCCAGCUCCUAAGCCAAACAUUGCUGCACAGGGUUCCGAAUGUCAGCGCUUGGGAGAUAUCAGUUUCAAUCAGAUAAGAUAUGCUGAAGUUCAGAAGAAACUACAUGCUUGCCCGGUUUUCGCUCCUUUGAAAAUCAAUCCUAUCCUAACAACCUAUGUGUCAUCUGCUGGACAUGAGAAUUUGGUGCGUACAGAUUACGCUUUAGGUACUAUAACGCAUGGGUUACUACUCCAAAGAGAGGCUCUGUCUAACACUUUAAAAGAGCUAGCAACUAAACACCCAGCCAUGAAAGAAGACCUAAAGAAAGUCUUAGGGGCGGAGUCACCCUUAAAGUCAGUUUCAGAUGAUCUGUUACAAUAUGUUUGUGGCAGAAGAUCGGAAGUCAUUGAACAGAGACGGAAUGCGCUUCUCCCAAAGGAUGAGUAUCAAUCAUCUCUACUUAAUGCAAUUCCACCUUCCACAACCCAUUUAUUCUGCGAAAAACAACUAGCGGAAUUGCUGAAACAGCCAUCACACCAAACCUUUUUUCGGACCCCUUACAAGCGGCCACUCCAGCCUAAACAUAAUGGUUUCCGAUCGUCAGCGCGACAAGCCAGGCCAACAGAGAAGGGACCGAAAACGUCAAGCGCCAAGUUCAAUCGUCCACGAAGGACAUUUGACAAAGAAAAUGAAAACUCCAAGAAGCGCGACAGAAGUCAACCGACCUCUCGAAAGAAGGCAUCAAAAGAAAACCCCGCUAAGGGACAUUCAUCCAAAAAGCAUAAGAGCUUCUGAAAGUUUCAGUGGGGGGCGGCUUCAAAAUUUUU